GUUCUUAUGAAUUGAUAAGCAAGUUGGUCGGAGACUUCGAAGCAGUCACCGGGCUGGCACGAUCUCUAGCUUUGCAGAUCCGUACCCGGCUUUGAAAUUAAGAAGAAGAAAAAAAAGCUGAGUCCAGACUGAGUCUGACCCAGACUGCAGCGCCUUGAGCUAUUUUUCCUCUCUUGGGGAGGAGCCCGGCGGAAGUACGAGGCUGCUUCGAAACCAAGUCUAGAAUAUCACAUCAUAUAAUCGGUCCCGCUUUUCAAUCUGCCAGGAAAUAUUGACAACUUUCAACUCGAUACGGAGUACAUGAACGUUAGCAUGUCUCGUAGGAUUUCAAGUCAUUCCUUGUGGUACCAUCCUAAGGUAAUAUCAAGGAAUCAAGACAAUGUCAACUCAACAACCCAAAUCAGACUCAGAGAAAGAGCCCAGAACGGCUGGAGAAGAUGAAAUAUUGGAGCCACACGUGCAUCUAAAGACUUACAUUGCGGUCUUUGCCGUCUGCGUUGGCUUCGUUGCUCAGAAUUUUGCAAUCACCGGGGCUGGAGCUCAAGCUCAAGCUAUUGGGGAACAAUUCCACAGCACUGACACCGCAUGGACCACCGGAACUCUGGUGAUCUUUUGCGUUGUUCUUGGCCCCAUCAUCUCGCAAUGUGCUGACUACUGGGGCCGUAAGCCAUUCUUGAUUACUCUCAACCUAGUAGGCAUAGCCGGAAGCCUCAUUGUGGCUCGCGCGAAAGAUAUGACCAUGAUAAUUGCGGGGUUUUGCAUCAUCGGUCUCCCCUUUGGUGCGCAAGGCUUGAUACAUGCUGUUGCCAGUGAAGUCAUUCCUCGGCGAUGGCGUUCAUGGGGUCAAGCUGCCGCGCUCGUUUCGACCGAAGUAGGCCUUGUCUUGGGACUAAUACUCUCUGGAGCUUUGGGUCGGAAUGGAAAGGCCGAUGGGUUCAGGAACUUUUAUUACAUUACAGCUGGUUUGUUCCUGUUGUGCACAAUCCUCUGUGUGGUUGCAUAUCACCCGCCCCCAACGAAACAGCAGUUCGAAGUUACUGGGUUUCGAGCGAAGUUAGCACGGCUUGACUGGGUUGGAUUUUUUCUACUCGCUGGAAGCCUAGUGCUUUUUUGCGUUGCCCUCAACUGGUCCCAGAAUCCUUAUCCAUGGAGUGACCCGCACGUGUCGGCUCUUUUUGCUCUAAGCAUAGUUCUUGCUGCAGUCAUGGGUUUGUACGAAUGGAGGAAGCCGGAUGGCCUCUUCCACCAUGGUCUUUUCCAGAACCGAAUGUAUCCCAUCUGCCUUAUUUGUGUUUUCGGCGAAGGAACGGCCUUCUUUGCUGCAAAUGCCUAUCUUCCCUAUCAAAUCAGUACAUUGUACGAAGAAGAUUUGCUCUUCGUUACACUGAGGCUUGCGAUCGGGUUUAUGGCAGCUGCUGCUCUGUUUAUAUUCGUUGCAUUCUUCGCGGGGAUGGCGGGGGCCACAAAAAACGAUGAGUCGGGAGGGACAACAUGGGGUCUCCCCGUACUUCUUGGCUGGGCCUUCGGCAUGGUUAUGGUUACCCUCGUGACUGCUGCUCAGCUUUGUGUUCCACCGAGCUUGAUCACGAUCGCCAGCUGUCUCAUGCUUUCCGUUCGGGCUCUUGGGGGGACGAUGGGAUUCGCUAUUUACCAAGCUGUCUUCCAAUCUGCACUGAGCCAAUUGCAUACAAACAUUGGCGAAGCACUUGUUAGUGCAGGCCUGCCACGAGCAGCUAUCCCGGAUGUUCUACCUGCUAUCACCGCACAAAAUACCACUGGACUUUUGACGCUCCAGGGGGUGACUCCUGAAAUUGUUGAAGCAGGUACCAGUGCCCUUCGGGCUACUUAUAGAUCAGGCUUCCAUAACGUCUGGGCUACCGCAGCUGGGUUCGUCUCAUUUGCAGCCGUGGUGUCCAUGUUCAUGUUCGAUCCAUCUUCGGAGUUCAAUUACCACAUCGACGCACCAGUUGAGGCAGAAGAAGCAUUGUACUCUAAAGAGCCGUAG